AUGAGUAGUAAUAAUAAUAAUGGAUCGUAUUCAAGUGUUACUGAUACAGUAAAGGUAAAGCCAGCAAGAAAAUUAAAUUACCAGUAUCUUCAAGUAUUGGCUGCUGUUCCCAUCAUGGGUGCAGUCAAGUUUAUAGGUAGAGAUAAAUACCCUCGAUUAAAUUGGGCAUUGUAUGGAUUAACAAUUGCUGGAGCAUUUGUUCAUGGAUCUUAUAUGUUGACAAAGAGUUAUGGUACAUUUGAUGAUGACUAA